CAUAGAUAUUCAUCAGUUACACUCUUGCGCUCGUGGCGAGUGGACUCAUUCCUCGUCGUCCUCGGGGUCUGGAAACCACCCACCCAAGGAGACUUUAAAGAUCUCGAAAAAGUGCUAAGGAUUAAGAAACAACUGACACAAACCCAAGCAGCAAUUAAGUUCAAGUGCAACCAGAAGGACUUCCCACAGUUUUGUUUUUAGUUAAGAGAAAAGGCAUUUUCUAAAGUUCAAGUGAAACAAGAUAAGAGGAAAGGAAUCCAACUUCUCUCCAAGGCAUUUCUUCCCAAAUUUCGAGUGAAUGAGUAAUCUGGAAUAUGUUGGACGUUAUUGUCUCUCCAAAGAUCUCUCACAUCGCAAGCAUGGCGCCUCAGUCUAGCAGUGUCGCUCCGCCCGUGUUCUGCAGCGACGAAAAGGCCACGUCUUGCAAAAUGUGCUCAAAGUGUGGCCCCAUUGCAUCUGCAACUAAGCCUGCAACAUCCAAUGCCACAGCUUCGUCGAGAGUCACAGUUCCCUUGACGACGAGAGGGAAUGGGCGGCCCGUAGAGGAGACGUACCGAGUGGGGCCAGUCCUCGGCAAGGGCGGCUUCGGAACAGUCUACUCCGGCUGGAGAGUGAGGGAUGGAGCCCCCGUCGCCAUCAAACAAGUUGCCAAAGCCAAAAUCACAGCAUGGGAAAUGGUGGGGGGUCGGCGCGCCCCGAGAGAGGUGGCCCUGCUGCUGCGGGUGACCCAUGUGCCCAACGUGGUCAAGCUGCUGGACUGGAUCGAGCGCGACGACUCCUUCCUGCUGGUGUUCGAGCGGCCCGAGCCUUGCAAGGACCUCUUCGACUACAUCACGGAGCGCAAGGUCAUUCCGGAGGCGGAGGCUCGGUCGCUGUUCAAGCAGGUGGUGGACAUCGUGCGCGACUGCCACGCCGCCGGGGUCAUCCACCGGGACAUCAAGGACGAGAACCUGCUGGUGACGUACGACUCGAAGGGGCGGCCGGUGCUCAAGCUGAUCGACUUCGGGUCGGGCGCGCUGCUCUCCGACAAGACGUACACGGACUUCGACGGCACGCGCGUCUACUCGCCGCCUGAGUGGAUCCGCUACAACCAGUACGAGGGCGUGCCGGCCACCGUGUGGUCGCUGGGCAUCCUGCUCUACGACUUGGUGUGCGGCGACAUCCCGUUCGAGCACGACGAGCAGAUCGUGGCGGCGCGCGUGCACUUCCGCUCGGCGGUGAGUGAGGAGUGCCAGUACCUGGUGCGCUGGUGCCUGCGUGUGCGGCCCACGGAGCGGCCGUCGCUGGACAGCAUCCUGCAGCACCCGUGGCUGUCGCCCCCGCCGCCCCCGCGGAUCCGCCACCCCGACCAGGCGUCGCUCGACAAGUGCUCCACGUCGUCCCAGGAGUCGCUUUGAUGGCGGCCCCCGCUAGUGGUGCUGUAA